CGUACAAGAACUCAGGGGUGGGCCGGCGGAGGCUCCUCAGCUGCCGUUGGACUGCAACUCCCAUCAUCCCCAGCAGCCGCAACCUGUUGUUGCGGGCAUGGUGGGAGUUGUAGUCCAACAGCGGCGGGAGAGCUUCCGCUUGGCCAUCCCUACGAUGCCCCACACUGGAGCGCAAGAGGGGUCGAAGGAGUCCUGGAGGCGAGGGCCAAUAGCACCCCACUUCCGGCUGCCGCCAUGUUAAGUAAGGGCAAGAGCGACGGCGUCUCCCGGACCACACGUAAGAUGGCCGUCGCACUCCGCCGCUCUAGUUUUUCCGGUCUGUAUGGCGAGCGAUAGGUUUAACCAUAGAGUCUGUUCUUCUGGUUGGUGUCUAUGGUGCGGAAGAAGGACGACUGCGAGGAAGGAAGAGCGUCCCUUCUCUAUGAUAAAGCGGAGACUCUCUGGACUGGCGCCCUCCCCACCUUUCCACGUUCCAGCUCUGGCUCUCCAGGAUGUCUCUGCUCUCCGAUGUGCAUCUGGGCCUUCCCUUCCCAGCCCCUCCAGACCGACUGCAGCUCAUCUCUGGCUCCUACCACUUUUGCCAUUAUGGCUGCGAUGGCGUGGAUGACCGAGGGUGGGGCUGCGGCUACCGUACACUGCAGACGGUUUGCUCCUGGCUGGCGGAGGCUGGUGCUGGCGGGGUAGCUUGCCGGCGUGUCCCAUCCCUGAAGCGGAUCCAGGACUCCUUGGUGGAGAUGGGAGACAAGCCCCCUUCGUUCGCUGGCUCCCGGGAUUGGAUCGGCACUGUGGAAGCAGCCCUGUGCAUAGACCACUUCUAUCAUGUGCCAGGCAGGCUGGUGCAUGUUCCCUGUGGCCGAGACUUGGAAAGGGAGCUGGAGACCUUGUAUGCCCAUUUUGAGGGAGGAGGCGGCCCUGUCAUGAUGGGAGGAGACCGAGACAACUCCUCCAAAGGCUUGCUGGGCGUCUGCUCCAGCCCCAAAGGACACCACCUCCUGGUCCUCGAUCCACACUACUAUGGGCCAGCAGGGUCUCUUGGGAAGAGCGAGCUGCAGGCGAGGGGGUGGGUCUGCUGGAGGGCGCUGGGCUGCUUCUUCCAGGAGGGCUCCUUCUACAAUCUCUGCCUGCCCCAGUUCAGGCCAGGAGGACAGCCUGUGUGAAAUGGACGGUGGCUUCAGGAGAGGGACCAUUCCAGAGCUGAAAAGGUUUCUGCAAACAUGUGUCAGGUUCUGAGGCCAUAGCACACCUGUGGAUGAUGAUGAUGCCUCUUGAGGCGAAUCCGGAUCGCAGAACUGUUGUGAAAAUAAUACUCUCGUUUGUGAAAAUAAUUGUGAAAGGGGAAUGAAACCCAAAAGCUGCAGGUGAUGCAUUUUGUGGUUGCCGUCCACUUGUUCCUGCAGGGACUCUGCUGAAGGAAGCGUCCUUCACGAGCUUGUGCACAUCUGUCUUCACUUGGGGGCCCAUGUUUACAGCCUGCUCCAGCAGGCUCACCACUGCUUGUGGUGGCCUUGCCUCUUUGGCCUACCGCCUUGGUCCUAGUUGCUUCUGUCGGGGUGGGCAAAGAGGCCAGAAGGUCUUCAGCCCUGCUUUCCCCCUCCCCACUGAGCCCACCCAGUCCAGAGUGCUGCAUGUCUUGAGGAGAGAACAGGAAAGGGCCAGCGCCCAAACGUUCCCAUGGAGCUGUCUUGAGAAGGUGAAGAUGGCAUCUCUCUCAAACCUCAGAGCAGGAAGGGUCUUGUGUUGGGGGGAUUCAGGCAACGGGCACACGCAUCCGCCAGUGUCAACAAAUGGGUGCCUUUUUGGCAUCGGUCCUCUGCUGCUUUUGUCAAGUGGUGGAGCCGGUCUGGGGCCAACCCAGGGUUUGGAUUCCUAAUCCUUGGGCCUCCUUGAUGUCUCACCCGUGACUUCCCUCUGGCUUCUUCUUGACGGUUAUUUGGCACUGACCACGUGCUGGGGGCCGUACCAUGGACUUGGCAGCAGAGGCUGUGUUAGCGGGGCCUGGCUGAGGGCGAAGGGGUGGUGUUGGUAGGAGACCUUGGAGCGCAAGGAAAGGUGGGACUUAUUUAGGGAGGAGGCGAAGAGCUAUUAGCCCUGGUGGCUAAAUGGAGCCUCCAGGUUCAGACGCAGUGUACCUCUGAAUACCAUUUGCUGGGAAGGCAGCAGCAGGGGGAGGGCUGGGCUGUGGUCUUCCUGCCCUCUGGGGAGUGGUGGGGUGCUGGGCUUCGUGGACCCGCCUUGGUCUGCUUUGGGAGGGCUUCUGUGGUGUCCUUGAGGCUCAUGUGCGGUGGUUUUGAUGAAGAAGGGGGUCCUCAUGGUGGAGCAGGAGGGAAAGGGGGCUUGCAUCAGAGAGGGGGGCAUAGUUCUUCCAGGUGUGGAGUCCCUAAACACCCCAGGGAAGCAACGGUGCCCUCACAGCCCUCCAGUGGCUCCUUUGUAAUGGCUAAAGUACGUCAUGUCCAGUUUGCCGUUUUCCAUGGGAUCUCUCCCCAUGUCACACAAUCGGGUGUCUCUUGCAUCCAGUGUGGAUGGUUGUGUUGUUGUGUGACUUGGUUUCUUGUAUGUCAAGUGGGCAGUUUUUGUUUUUAAUUUUUACUGGCAAGUGCCCGUUUUUGGAUUCCACCGAUCUACUUCUGGCAAUAAGCACAGGGACCAGGAAAGCGAGCAAGCCUGGCCACAAGUGACCAAGCAAGCAUGGAGUUCUCCUCCCACCCCACCGCUCACAUUCUUUCCCCUGCCUAUGGUACAGGCCCAUAGCCAGCUGGCGGCAUGAGUGUACCUGCCACACCAAAACAUUCUCUUUCCUCCCCAGCCUUAUGGACUGUUUUCACUGGACAUUUUAGAACCUGCCUCCCCUGACUUCUGCACCUCCCUACCUUGCUAGGCUUUUCUUUGCUUUCUUUCGAGUCUGGUUACAGGCCUGCUAAGGUAGCUGAUGAAGAGGUCUCUAACCCCUGCUCAAGUGUGAGGUCCUGGUAGUUGCUGCCACCACUCUCUGCUUCCGGAGAGUACUCGGAACUGGGUCGGAGCCAAUCUUGGGAGAAUCCCCUCUGUCUCUGCAGACCGGGAGUCUGGCUUGGUUCCUCGCAUUCUCUUACGUUUCCCUUUUACAAGUCGUUCAAACGAGUGGCCAGCCCCCGAUCACCUGAUUUGUUUAAAACCCUUUCCCCCUUGGCUACAGUAUUGUUGACAUACACAUCACAACUCGGUGGUUCUCCGACCUCAUAUCUGUAAAUCUCUCUGUGUGUGUAUCCUAUAUAAUAAAAUGCUUGGUGUC